ACAAACAGCCAUUCAGCCUGAAUGAGGUCAUGGAUUCACCACCAGGCAAAGACAUCCAACCACUUGUUGGCUCGGUGUAAAAGCCCAUCUGGAGGGAACCUCUGAAUGUGAUAGCUGUGAUGAGCAAACGGAAAAAGACAGGAGAGGUUUGUUGUGGAUUUGGUGAGGCUGGAAGGGGACUUCUCAGCCUGAUUUCUGUACACACUGGGACUGCAGCCUUGCUUCACACCGCUCACCUCCUCAAAGCUGCAGGUUUUUCCUCGGAUUUCCUCCAUCCACUGAUUUGGGGGCUAAGCAGAGCAGCUGAGAACAGCUCAGCACCAGCUAAACCUCCGUGGCUGCUGUUUUUCUACACCCCCUUCUCCAGGAAUGCCUUGGGAACGUACAGCCAUCGUUUUCACCGUUCUGUUGGUCUACAGUAUCUCACAGGUGGAGGGUUUGGAGGAGAAGCAGGAUGACGAUCAAUGCGCUGACCUCAAGAACACCACACUCAAGGAGUACCGCCAGCGCCGAGCCAAUCUGGAGGUCAAGUAUCUGCUGAUGACCCGGGAGAAUGUCAACUGUCCACAAAUGUUUCAGCAGAAGUCUCUCACCACGAAGACGACCCACUUCAACGCCUCCCGGCCUACUAAAGUCAUCAUCCACGGGUACAGGGCUUUGGGGACCAAGCCGCUGUGGGUGAAGGAGCUGGCUCAGGCUCUCCUCUUGGCUCAGGACGUGAAUGUCCUGGUGGUGGACUGGAUCUACUGCGCCUCCUUUGCCUACAACCUGGUAGUGGAGAGCUACAAAGAAGUAGCUCUGCAGAUCUCUGUCCUCAUCAACCAGCUCCAGAAUUAUGGAUGCAAGCUGCAGUCCUUCCACCUCAUCGGGGUCAGUCUGGGAGCACAUGUGGCUGGUUUUGUGGGGACCCUCUUCGAAGGGAAAUUAGGAAGAAUCACAGGUCUCGACCCUGCCGGCCCCCUGUUUAAAAGAGCGGACACCUACGACAGGCUGGACCCCUCUGAUGCUCAGUUUGUUGAGGCCAUUCACACUGACACUGACUACUUUGGCAUCUCUAUUCCUGUGGGUCACGUUGACUUUUAUCUGAACGGAGGAAAGGACCAGGCUGGCUGCGCCCGCUCCAGAUUUCCUUCAGUUCUUGUGUACUUUGCAGUGUACGGCUAUGUGAUCUGUGACCACAUGAGGGCGCUGCUCGUCUACAUGAGCGCGCUGGAUGGCUCCUGUCCUCUGGUCGGGAUCCCGUGUUCCACAUAUGAAGACUUCUUGAAGGGAAACUGUGUGACCUGUGAUGUUUUCCAGGGGGCGUGUCCACACAUAGGUUUGUCAGAGAACAGUGGGAUAAACAUGUCCCCCCUCCCCACAGAGCAGAAGAUGUUCCUCCUUACAACGUCUUCGGCUCCGUUUUGUGCUCAUCACAUCCUAGUCAAGCUGGAAGUUUCAUCCCUGGACAAGAGAGCAGAGGUGGAAGUGACACUGAAGACAGAGAAGCUGAGCACACAGCUCCAGCUCAGACUUCAGACAGAUACGACAGUGUACAGGUCAGUGGUGGCUCACCCCGCUGCUCUGUGUGAGAUGGACUCCAUUGAGAUGAGAAACACCGGAGCUCGCCUGUACAGACAAGGAGACAUCCACGUGAAGUCUGUGUGUGUCUCAGAAGUUCCCUGUGUCAGGUACAGGAAGCCGCUGUGUGUGAACAACUUUAAUGUUCGACGAAACGCUCUGUGGUCACAUGACCUUGUGCAGGUGUGUGACACCUAGAAGGAAGCUCCACUGAAAGACACUGGAAAAAAUGUAUCUUAGAAAAGGUUCAGAUUGUCCGAUAUGAAGGUAUACUAUUAGAUCUCUAUUUUCCUGAGGAAAGUUGUAGAGGUGAGUUUAACCUGUAAAGGAUGCUUGAAAACUGCAGAGCAUUCAGGCUACAUUUGUUAGGCAAUCCUCUGAUUUUUAGUUCAUUAAUGUGUCAGAAAAUGUGUCAUAUUUUUAGGGUUUGUUAAUUUGUCAAUUUGUUUGGAUUUUAUCUGUUUAUCUACUUUCAAACACAAAGCAGACUUGUAAAAUCCGAACUACCUUUUCAGCUUCAGCAAUAAACAGCAAUAAAACACA